AUGCAUGGUUUUGGUAGACCUCAACAACAACAAGUUAUACAACAAAUUGUUCCACAACAAUUGCCAACACAAGGGCCACCAAUUCAAAGACAAAUUCCUCAACAACAACAAGUGGGGCAAAUGUUUCAACCACCGCCUCAACAAUUUGUGCCUCAAAGACAACAAGUUCAAAGACCAAUGGGUCCACCACAUCCAAGAGUUCGGUUGGGUGUGCCAAGAAGACAUAACCGGGAUGCUGUGAGGGGUAUUGAAGCACAUUUUAGGCCGGUGAUUACCUACAAUCCGUCACUGAUAGUCAUUCCUCAAAACAAUCAAGGGAGGACGUUUGGAGUAAGAACAAAUUCCCUCCAGAGUUUACCAAAGUAUAAGGGUUUAGCAACGGAGCAACCUUAUUUUCAUUUGGAGGCAUAUGAUUCCAUAUGUAAUACUAUCGGUGGGCAAGGGUUUUCUUCGGAUGAGGUCAAAUUGGUGCUAUUUCAAUUUUCGUUGGAGGAUAGAGCAAAGAGAUGGUUUUAUACCUUACCAUCGGCUUCGAUUUAUACAUGGGCGGAGAUGCAACAAAUAUUUCUAGAAGAAUUUUUCACGGCUCAAAAGACCAACGAUGCAAGAAGAAGUUUGAGAAGCUUUCAACAACAUCAACGUGAGAUGUUUCAUGAAGCUUUUGAAUGGUUCAAUUUAAUGCUAAAAAAUUUGCCCUCAUCAUGGUAUCGAAUUGUGGGAAUUGUUGAACGCGGGUUUCAUGAGGGUUUGAAUACCGAAGAUGCCCGUGACUUAAUGUCUAUCACGAAUGGUACAUUCGGUACCAAUUAUGAGUAA